CGUCCAUGUCUCCGGUUCCAGGAUGGAGACUGGUCGCUGGGGGGUUCAGGAGGAACUGGUCCCCCCACAGCGCCCACGCGCGGGGCUUCGAUGAUCCGCUGUGGUCUCGAUACAGACCGCGGCCAGAAGCGGCAGGCCAGGGCAAAAGCCGACGCGUGGAGCCGAUUCCGGCCACCAGACCUGCAGGAAAGCGACCCAGCGGAAAGAGGAAUGGUUUGGGGCUGGUACCGAGGCAGAGUCUGGCCCGCAAAGGGUUACGCCGGGUGCCCUGGAGUGACACCGCUGCUACCAGCCUGCGAGCUCGGCUCCUUCCUGGUCCGAUCCCAAUCCCGGCAGGGCUGAGCAGCCACUCGGUUGCAGCCAUGGAGGAGAUGGUGAUCUGGGAGCAGCACACAGUGACGCUGAGCAAGGACCCUCAGCGAGGCUUUGGCUUUGCUGUCUCAGGAGGUCGAGACCGUCCCAGCAGGACAACUGGGGACACGGCGGUGUUUGUUUCGGAUGUGGUGUCUGGGGGACCAGCGGCAGGACGGCUCCAGCUGAAGGAUCACAUCGUGAUGGUGAAUGGCCUUUCCAUGGAGAACGUCUCUUCCUCCUUUGCCAUCCAGACACUUAAAACCUGUGGCAAGAUCGCGAACAUUACACUAAAGAGAUCCAAGAAAGUUCAGCUCCCAGUGAGCAAGAGCAGCGAGCCCCCAAGAGGCAGCUCGGUGUCCCCCACUGCGCGCCGGCGCUAUGACUCGGAAGAGGAAUACGAGUCUCAUGGUGCUGAGCCAGCCCUGCAUGCUGCCAGCAGGCACCACUCCCAGGAUGACCUGGACUACAACCAGGGCUACGACGGGGACUCAUCCAGUGAGAGGAGCUCUGGGCACUACCGUCAUGACCGUCGCCAUCAGAAACCGAUGUCCCGGAGCCGGAGGCGAAGCCAGGACAGCAGCCACUGGAGGCAGAGCCCUGACAGCGGCUCAGAUCAGAGGGACUACAGCAGGCACCGCUCCACAAAUGGCUUUGGCCACGAAGGGGACACCAAUGGGCUGGUCCUGGUGUCUGGGUUCAAGCGGCUGCCACGCCAGGAUGUGCUGAUGAAGCCUGUCACAUCGGUCCUGGUGAAGCAGAAGCAGAGUGAAGAAUAUGGCCUGAAGCUGGGAAGUCAGCUCUUCAUCAAGCAUAUAUCUGAGAACGGGCUGGCGGCAAAGCACAGCUCCCUGCAGGAGGGAGACCUCAUCCUGAAGAUCAACGGGGUGGCCAGUGAGAACAUGUCCCUGGCUGAUACACAGCAACUCAUUGAGCAAACAGAGGGGAUCCUGACUCUGCUUGUGCUCCGGGACCGCCGGCAGUUCCUGGUCAACAUCCCCGACGUGACAGACAGCCACAGUGACAGCUCCCGGAUGGAUGACAUCUCCGACAUUGGCUCUGAACUGUCCCAUCCACCAUCCCCUGAGAUCUCCCCACAACUUCCAGCUGCUGCCAGGAUAGAUUCACCACCAGAGAGGAGACAGACAAAAAGGGACCCUGCAGCUGACAGGACCAUGGAUGAUGCUCCAGGCCCUGAUGUGCUGGAAGCUGUGGAGGAGGAUGGCCGCCACGGCCCCUAUACCAGCCCCGCUGCCCGAGCCACCUGCAAGGACGGGUACAGCCCCGACUCCAGGGUUGUGCACUUUGUGAAGGCCAAGAGCAUCGGGCUGCGGCUGGCUGGUGGGAAUGAUGUGGGCAUCUUCGUGUCAGGCGUGCAAGAGGGGAGCCCAGCUGACAGCCAGGGCGUCCAGGAAGGGGACCAGAUCCUGCAGGUGAACACCACUAGUUUCCAGAACCUGACCCGUGAGGAGGCCGUGCAGUACCUCAUGAGCCUGCCACCGGGUGAGGACGUCACGAUGCAAAUCCAGAGCAAGCAGGACAUUUACAGGAAGAUGAUCUCGUCCAAUGUGGGUGACUCGUUCUACAUCCGGACACACUUUGACUUUGAGAAGGAUGUGCCCUCGGGGCUCAGCUUCGUCCGUGGCGAGGUCUUCCACGUGCUGGACACAAUGUACCGGGGCAAGCUGGGGAGCUGGCUGGCCGUGCGCAUGGGCAGGGACCUGCAGGAGCUGGACAAGGGCAUCAUGCCCAAUCAGAGCAGGGCCGAGCAGAUUGCUAGCCUGGAGUCGGUGCUGAAAGCCACGUCUGGUGCCAAUCCCUCUGGAGCACGCGCUGAGUUUUGGAAGCUGCGGGGUCUGCGGGGAGCCAAGAAGACGCUGCGAAAGAGCCGAGAAGACCUGUCUGCCCUCACGAAGCAGGGCCGCUACCCCCCGUACGAGAGGGUGGUCCUGAAGGAAGCUAGUUUCAAGCGGCCAGUGGUGAUUCUGGGCCCCAUCACAGACAUUGCCAUGCAGAAGCUGAGCACGGAGUCGCCCCAGCUGUUUGAGAUCGCUCCAAGCAUUCCCCGAGAUGGGGCAUCAUCUAAAAUCAUCAAGUUGGACUCAGUGCGGCAGAUUGCAGAAAAGGACAAGCAUGCACUGCUGGACAUCACACCGUCAGCUGUGGAGCGCCUCAACUACGUGCAGUGCUAUCCAGUGGUAGUGUUUUGUGAGCCCGAGAGCCGCCAGGGCAUCAAGGCCAUGCGCCAGUGGCUGGCACCCGACUCCAAGAAGAGUUCCCGGCGCCUCUACGCCCAGGCCAGCAAGAUGAAGAAGUACUGCAGCCAUCUCUUCACUGCCACCAUAAACCUCAGCGGCAGUGGCAAUGCUUGGUACCAGGCACUCAAGGACAUCAUCAGGACACAACAGAGCCAGCCCAUAUGGACGGCAGAGGAGCAGGUGGACGUGGGGGUAGAGGACAACCUGGACCUGCUGAACCCAUCGAGUGCAGCAACCUCAGGCUACCUGACCUGCGACAGCCAUGCCAACAGCGACUAUGAUGACACGGAUGGCGAGGCGGGACCCUACACAGAUGGUGAAGCAGAGGAUGACUACGACCAGCCUGCAUUAGCCCGCUCCUCUGAGCCAGCAGAAGCGUACCCAAGCCAUCGCCUGACGGAGCAGGCAGAUCCCCCUAUUCCGGCAACAGAGCAGCAGCCCCAGGGCCAACGGAGACAGCACUACGACAGCAUCAGGGAAUACGAGCACGAUGCUGUCAGGAAGAGGUUCACGCGGGCCCGGGACGACUCAGACCAGGACGAAGGCUAUGAGUGGGGCCCAGCUACGGACGUGUAGCGGGGCAGGCUCAGCGCUUGCCUAAGAACGCCCCACGCCACGGGGCCAGGCCCCUCCGGCCAGCCCUGCACCGCUGCGGGGUGCCUGUUCAAGUCAAAAGCCAGGCAGUGCCACACGGCAUCCUGCAACCGGGCCAGGCUGGACCUAGUCCUUCUGCACCGAUUACUACGUGGCACCUCCAAGUGCCUCUGUCCCCUUUUAGCCACGGCUCUGCCUCAUCUGCU